AUGCCUGGAAUUCUGUCUGGCUUCUGGAAGGGACUUUUGGAAGCUGAGCAUUUCCAAAUCCGUGCAGUUUUCCUCAUCCUUCCUUUCUCCCCCAACUGUCCAUCGUUUCCCGGUUCCGUCUCGGUUUCGAUUGUCUGUUCUCGUCGUUUCGAAGGGUUCCCCUAUAUUAUAGUCAUGUCGGCCAAGAUCUAUGUUGGAAAUUUAAGUUGGAACACGACCGAUGACACUUUGCGCCAAGCUUUUUCGGAAUUCGGCAACGUUGUUGAUUCCAUUGUCAUGCGCGACCGUGACACAGGUCGCUCCCGUGGCUUCGGCUUCGUUACUUUUGAAGGCCCCCAGGAGGCCGAUGCUGCUAUCCAAGCGUUGAAUGAACAAGAACUUGAUGGCAGGCGCAUCAAGGUUAACCUCGCUAAUGCUCGUCCUUCUGGUGGAGGUGGAGUGGAGGAGGAGGAGGAGGCGGCUAUGGUGGAGGUCGUGGCGGUGGAUACAGCGGUGGAGGAGGUUACCAAGGUGGAGGCGGCUACGGCGGAGGAGGCUACCAACAGCAAGACGCAGGCUACGGUGGCGGUGGCUACCAAGGUGGAGGAGGAGGAUACCAAGGUGGAGGAUAUCAAGGUGGCGGAGGCUACUAAAGGGAUCCCCUCCCCGUCGCUCCAUGUUCCCCUUCCCCCUUCUUUCCCUCGCGCAUGGCAUCUUGAUGUCUGGCUUGUUUCCUGA